AUGAAGACGUUAUUGUUCGUUCUGGGUAUUGGCUGGCACGCGGGUUUUGUUUCGGGUGAUAUUCUGAGUGCAAAUAAUGCAAGUGAUUUAUCAAAAGUUGAAUCCAGGAAAAUAAAACACACAAUAUCUAGAAUAUUUAGCGUCCCUCACAAUCAUGCGAGAAGCAACAACGGGGAGUCAUACAGAAAAUUAAUUGAUAUACUCACAAAUAAAAAGGCACAAAAUCUUGAAAUUGGGAAAAGUGACAACACUACUGGUUACAGUGAUACUGAAAGUUUAUCAUCCCUGUACAGUGAUGUUGCAGUACCCACAUUAUCAAAUGUACAAACAUAUCAUUCUAAAGUUGAUGAAGUAAAAGACGAUGCCUUGAAUCGUGCAAGGUCGAACUUAUAUUCAAUUUUGCUAAAUAAAAAUGCCAAUACAGAAAGCUCUUUAGCUAGUCUCGUAUCGACUAAAGAAACAGAAUUAAAUGCCGACACACUCAGCGAGAUAAUACAAAGCCUCAAUGUAAAUAAUCUAACCGAUUUGGGUCAAGAGCAAAAUAAAAUUCGAAAAGGAAAACUAGUAAUAUAUUACGACGAUAAUGAAGAAGCUACUGAGAGUCCAAUUGAAAUAACUACUAAAUAUCAGCCAAAGCAGAACCAAGAACAUGAGGAUGAGCCCACAGAGAGUAUAGAAGAAGAAUUGCUUAACAUGUACAUAGAGUAUAAUGUACCUUUAGAAAUUUAUGACGAAAUAAAAAAUCGAAAAUAUAUACAUCCCGAAUAUCGCAUUAAAGAUUUUGUUAUUAGCUUUCUGAAAUACGUCAUACAAAAUGGGCAGCUAACUUUGGAAAUAUUAAAGAAGCUUGAACGUAUUAUAGAAAAGGCAACCAUCGAUAUAGAUCUUAUAAAGCUGCUUGUAUCAAAGAAUGAUAACGCAAAUUCAAUGGGAAUUAAAACAAUAACUCGAAACACUGUUACAGACGCUAUUGAAGGUAUUUCACAAAACACAAAGGUUCUAGCGAAAGAAAAUAUUUAUCUUCCAGAUGAAACUACUACAAUAUUAAAUGCGCCCGUUAUUAAUCAAAUCGAACAUGUGUUAAAGGAUGAUACUUUAGAUAGCAAUAUGUACGACUCAGAUGUUGCAAGUACAGUAAGAAAUUUGAUAUUAAAUCCGAAAAAUUCAAUCAAUCCAGCUGUAAGUCCAGACCAGAAGAAGAAAUUAAAUGACAUUAUUUUUCAUCCCUCUCUGGAUAUCGUCAAAACGACGAAUGAAAAAUUAAGUCCUGUCAUAAAAUCAAAAACUGGGCUCUUUGGAACAGAUUCAGUGACAAAAUCUUUUGCAGAUCUUAAAAAUAGUUUUCUCGAAAGCAUUCCAAAUAGUAGCAAUGGUCCUAAAGACAUUGUUGGAUCUUUUUUAGAGCAAAGCAAUGAUAAAAGUAAUCAAACAAAUAUAAGUGAGAAAAUUGAAAGUCAAAAUAAUUAUGAGACCUCUCAAAACGUUUUCGAAAACGAAAGACCAGCUAAUAUUACUUCAGACGAUGAAAUGGCAUUAUCGCAUGACGACGCUGUAAGGGAAGCCUUAAAAGAUAUUAAAAAGAAAAAGAAUCUAAGAAUUGUACAUCCUGAACAUAAUUGCGAUGACUAUGGACUUUGUGAAUAUGAAAACGAAAUCUAUGCAUUCGACCUUAAAAAACUCAAGCAUUUUCUUAAGGGUGAAUUGAAAAAUGUAGUUCCACAAUUGGAUAAAUUAGAUACAAAUGUUCCUGUUUUAUCAAACAGACCUGUUGAUGAAUAUUUAAAAUAUAAUAAAGGAAAGCCUUUUCUCAUAUAUGUUGUUUUUCCGGAUUCCGAUAAAAGUUUUCGCAUUACAAAUGAAUCGGGUCAGAUAUUAACGGAUGCUGAAAAUGACAUUCAAGAUGAUGAUACCUCUGUUCUGCAACAUAAUAAUCCUACGGAAAAUAAUAAAAAAGGCAUUCUAAAUUUGAUUAAGAUUAAGAGCCUGGAUUCUGAAAUACCUAUCGAUAAAGAAGUGGUAAAGAAAAACACCUACAACGAUGUGGUUAAAGAGAUAAUACAGAGUUUACCUGAAAAAAAUAGACCUGAUGACCUCUUAAAUAUUUUCAAAAAAGCAAAAGUUGUAGAUCAAAGUUUAAAUCCCAUGUAUGAUUAUGAUUUCAAUUCGUCUUUAAUCAACUUGUUGAAUACGUUGCCUAAAAAUGAAAACAAUGACUUACGUAAUAAUGAAAAUAUAUCUAAUUUCUUAAAGGAGCUGAAUAGCAUAACUACUAAUCAAAAGCCUAGCCCUGAUUCCGCUGCAAAUAGCAAUUUGCCUAGACGCGAUAAAAUUAUUGAUUUAUUGAAAGAAUUGGCUAGCACAACGAAGAGUUCAAAUCCUAAUGCCGACAAUGAACAAAUUGGUGAUUUACUGAAGAAACUGGUUAGUAUAACAACUAGUCCAAAACCUAACCAAGAUGAUGUACAUAUUGCUGAUUUAUUAAAGGUACUAGCUAGUCAAACAGCUAAUCAAACCCCAAACCCCAAUAGCUUAACUGAAUCUGAUAUUAUUAAAGAAAUUAUGCAACUUAUUGCGAACCCUAAAGAUGACAACGACAUUAACUGGACACCAAGAACAAAUGUUCUAGAAAAUUUAGAAAAAGACAUUUUAUACAAAAUUGAUGAAGUGUUAUCGAAUCCCCAAAAAUAUUUAAAUCUCUUAUUUCAAAAUUCGCCCCUACUUAAUCACCUACGGCGGCUUAUUACUGAUAAGAAUUUAUACCAAAAGUUAUUGAAUCUAAUAAGAAUCGGUGUUAGAGGUAUUCAAGAAGGUAAUCAGACCAAAGAGGCGGAAGACAAAGAAAUAAAAACAUUAACAAAUGAAUUGAUAACGCAAUUAAUAUACUUACGGGAAAAUUUGGAAAACAGAAACGUACCUAGGUCAGAAAUUCGAAGGAUCAUAGAAGGUGAAGCUCAAAAGGGUAUUUUAAGAAUAUCCACACAAAGCACUGCAUCGUGUGCCAAAAAAGUUAACAAAGCAAUUGAGCUCGAAAAUUUCACGCCGAUAUUCUCACAAUUGCUUAUUUGCUUCACUUUUAUCGGAGUAAGCGUUAAUAUCAUGCACCUUCGACUUCUCGUUUUUUUAAUAGUUAUUGUUCCUGUUUAUCUCAAUGAGGAGGCCCCCAAAACAAGAAGUGAUAGCAACAAUUAUCCCUUUGUUCAAUGCCCCAGUCAAAAACUAUUAAAAGAGACUUUAAAUAUUCUCAGAGAAAAUAUAGAUAAGAAAGAGAUGCUUAGCCCUGAAAAAUUCAAACAGAUUUUAGAUAAAGCGGAAGAAUAUUUAGAGACGACUCAUACACUUGAAGAACAACCUACAGAUAUACACGUAGAAAAUCUAAAAAGAUAUUUAGAAAAUCCUAAUCACCGUACAAAAAAGGAAGUUCGAACAUCCCCACUGCCAUUGAGCAAGUCAGAAAACUUAACAGGGAAAGUAACUUUUCAAUAUGAUUUGCAAGGAAUCAAUCCAGACUGCAAAGAACUAUUUAAUGGCGUUGUCAGUGCGAUAAAUGCAGUGUAUCUACAGAUGAAGACAUUUUGUGAAGCAACAGGCAUAUGUAAUAUGAAAAAUGAAAAUCCAUUGUUACAACAACAUGUUGUUCCACCAUACGGCCGUUUACCAUCAGCAUCUGGUCAAUUGUCGAAUAACCCAAAUAUUAUAGACUUUUUAAGUUCGUACCCGCAAAAUGGAAAUGUAAUGACUUUACUACAAAAUUAUAAACCUAAUGUUCCGAAUUUUAUGUUUGGAAAUAUUUCACCAAAUUACAAAGAAAACUCUGUCAGUGGCGAAGGUGCGCAACAAAGCAUAGAUUUGAAUUCAUUCCUUCAAAGCCACGAUAUAAAUGCUGAACCCUUAAAUAAUGGUAUAAACUGGCAAUAUUUAGCUAAACUCUCACAGCUAAAUGUGCUAAAUGGGAAUCAAAAACUGGAUCCUUUUACUUUUAUUCAAAGUUUCCGACCUAACUAUAAUGAUGGGCAGAAUCAGGACGAGCUUACAAACUUGCCAGGGGACUUACCAAAUCACGAUGUAACAUAUACUCCAGAUGAUACUUUAAUACAAAAAUAUAAACAAAUUGGUAUAGUAAAAGAUAGCAAAAUCCCUAAUUCAAAUCAACUGACUUUGAAUAGUGUGAACAAUGAAGAAAGUGAUGGUUUAUGGAAUGACUUGACCAGAGAUCAACCUUCGUAUCUGGAAUUUAUGACUGUAUUAAACCAACCUACUGGAUAUAUUAGUGUACCACAAUCUCAGAAUAAUAACCCUCUCGUCAACCUAACGACACCUCCAAAUAAAACAAAUGAAAAUUUAAACAAUCACGGAGGAUUCGUUGACUCUAGGAUACUUGACUCCAAUACAUUUGGAAGCAAAGUGAUUCUUGGUAAGAAUUUUACCGAACUAGUGGCUAAUAUUUCUGGCGACAUAAACGACUUGCGUUUAAAUAAUAAUGUGCAAAAUUAUUUUAGACCAGCAAAAAGCCAAAUACCGUUUGGAGUAAAUUUGCCACUGAAAGAGAUAAAUUCUGACAAUAAGAUGCGACCACCUCCGAUGUAUUUAGAAAAUCAGAAUCCUUUUUCAAACUCUGCUGCAAACUUACAUGGACAUCAAAAUUCACAAAAUGUUUUGAACUAUCCGUUCUAUAAUCAGCAGCAACAGUAUUACAAUAUGCCAGCAAAUAUUAAUCCGCCUUCUAAAAUUUCUAAGCAUACACAUCAAAUGGCUCCUCAACAAUCGUAUCUCAAUUGGUACCAAAAUAAGAGAGACGAUUUCCACCAGUCUUUUCAAAACAAAGAGUCAGUAGGUAUUCGACCAGAACAUGAUAUAACGGGACCAGUGCCACCCUAUGCAUCAUUACUCCAACAGCAAAAAGGAAUCCCAUCAACAGAUUACCAUUUUGCACAUCAUAAUAAUUCCCUUGAGCUCAGUGAUUCGUUUCGGUUGACAAGUAUGACUAAUGGCCCUAAAUUGAACAUGGUGCCCAAUAAAAAUGGUGUUGUUGAAUUAACAUUUACGCUACAACGUCCACAGUCAUAUGUUUACAAACCGUUGUAUUACGUUAAGUAUAGACUCCCUUAUGAAACAUAUAUGUAUAACGUGCAAAAUCUGCUCCAAAGACGGCCCUUCUUAAGAAAUAAUCCAUCUAAACUGUAUCAAGAUCUGCUGGCCGUCGCAAAUAUAAGUGAAUCGUCUCAAGAUUUAAAAGAUUUAGCCAAGGAAGAGAUAUCUCAUUUAGUAGCUUCCAGUGGUGCUCUCGUCAAAGCUAGAGUGUUAGAUGAAUUUGGUGAAGCAAACAAGGGGGUGGAUAGUGAUAUUAAAGACAUAUUAAGAUCGGCGUCCGGGCUAAGUGCCGCGGGAAUAUUAAAUGCCACCAAAGAAGCAAUACAUGGUGUAGAUACAGUGAUGAACAGUACAUCUGUAGAUUUAAACAAAACUUCUACACUUAAAGAAACGCCUAUCGACUUACCAACUAAAUCAAUUCAUGCAAGAUCUUUACGGUACCCAAAUCCUACGCUACCUUUAACACCCUAUCGCUAUCCAUUUAAUACGAACAGAGGUUAUGGUGCAGGAAUGAGCAAAUAUAUUAAUAGGCAAAUUAUGAUGCCUUCACGGGUUCUUGGGUAA